ACACACACACACACACACACACACACACACACACACACACACACGCACACUUACUCUCCCGCUGGUUCACACCAAAACAAAUCUCCCAGGCAGGGUUUGUUUCUUUGAAAGUAGCAAGUAGAGAAAAACAACAGGAGACAGACGAGACGGAGAAAAUAAAUAGUCGCUGGAGGAAGAAGAGAAGAAAAUAAAAAGAGGAAAAAAUAUGAGUGGAGAAAAACCUGUCACUCAGAGUACAGUAGUUGUAUAGGAGACAUCACUUGGACCAGCAUUUUCCGCCACUCUCCCAGCCAAUCAGAUCAAGUGAGGGGAUUCUCACAGGGUAAGGGGGAGGAGACAGAACACUGUUGUUGAUUGACAGCAGGAGGCCUAGAGGUGGAGCCACGAACGAAAGGAGAUAGAGAAGGUGGAGAGAGUGAGAGAGAGAAGAGCAGCAAGCAGCAACACUUUACACACCUUUUCCUUUCUUCCUUCUUUCUCUCUUUUCACUGUUUUUCUGCCUUGUCGAAUCCCCCAACACUCGCCAUUACCCCCACCUUGUGACUAUCAUUAGCCACUACAGAGUCAAGAUGAGCCAUUGCAGGAAGAGAUGCAAGAGACAGCUGACCAAAGUGUUUCGCUUUUUCUACCGCUUCCUCACAGGGACACUCGAGAAAGACAGCGUAGAGGAUGACUUUGAGUUGUCCACUGUGUGCCAUCGACCAGAGGGGCUGGACAAACUACAGGAGCAGACCAAGUUCAACAAGAAGGAACUACAAGUUCUCUACAGGGGCUUCAAGAACGAGUGUCCGAGUGGAGUGGUGAAUGAGGAGACCUUUAAAACCAUCUACUCCACAUUCUUCCCCCAGGGAGAUUCGGGUGCGUAUGCACAUUUCUUGUUUGAGGCCUUUGACACUAACAAGAAUGGAUCGGUUAGUUUCGAGGACUUUGUGUUUGGUUUGUCUAUCAUUCUGAGAGGAACGAUAAACGACCGGCUAAACUGGGCCUUCAACCUGUACGACCUGAACAAAGAUGGCUGCAUCACCAAAGAGGAGAUGAUGGAUAUAAUGAAGUCUAUCUAUGACAUGAUGGGGAAGUACACAUACCCCUGUAUGCAGGACGAGGCACCCAGAGAACACGUGGAGAGCUUUUUCCAGAAAAUGGAUCGUAAUAAUGAUGGGGUGGUCACUAUUGAUGAGUUCAUCGAGUCAUGCCAAAAGGAUGAGAACAUCAUGCAGUCCAUGCAGCUGUUCGACAAUGUCAUCUAGGAGCCUCUGACAUAGGAAAGUGGCUGGAGGACAGGGGAGGUGUGUGUGUGUGUGAGUGUGCACCACAGGAGGUUGGUGGCACCUUAAUUGGGCAGGAAUGGCUUGUGGUGAUGGCUGUAGCGGAAUAAGUGGAAUGGUAUCAAAUACAUCGAACACAUGGUUUCCAUGUGUUUGAUGCCAUUACAUUUGCUCCUUAGUGGCCAUUAUUAUGAGCCGUCCUCCCCUCAGCAGCCUCCACUGGCAUGCGCGUGUAUUUGUAUGUGUGCGCAUGUGUGUGUGUGUGCGCAUGUGUGUGUGUGUGUGUGUGCAUGUGUGUGUGUGUGUGUAUUUCUCUCUGCCCUCACUCCAAGCCAAAAGGGGGUGCCUCCUCUUAUCCAGCCCUUCAUCUCUCCUAGAGACAUAGAGAAGAGAGGGGCUGGUGAUCCACACCCACAUCAAGGACUGGUUCAGGAGUGAGCAACGUUACAGAAUGUUCAGAUAGAAAUGUGUUGUGUAGAACAAAUAUGAUUGCCUGUCCUGUGUAAUAGGGAGUCAAUCAUGUCAGCUCUAUUCGUUACGUCUAUAUGCAACUUUUGGAGUGCUUUGUCUGGUUGAAAACACCCCUGUUUCGUUAACUAUUGUAUUAUUUUAACACUCCUGUUUCUGAGAAAGCUGCUGUAGCAUGCUGCCUGGACUCAAUGUAGGAUAAAGUCCCCCAUACUCACUGACCAAUGGUCAGUUUUGCAUGUCCCCGCCUAAUGGUUAAGGUUAGGGUCAGGGUUGGCUAAUCCUAGAUCUGUGGUUAGAGGCAACUUCUACCAGAGCAGCUGGACCCCUGACACCUGUCAUUAAAACAAAGGUAACUACCGCCACUUAGUGGACAAAAGAAGGAAAGGACACUAUGGAAAAGGGACAAUGGAACUGAAGGGACUGAGGAUCUGAAGGAUGAGACUUCUUGCGAACAGAAGACAGAGACAGAGUUGUUUUCAAUAAGGGACUGAUUUGAAUAUCGCAAUAAUGAUGUCACUAAUAAUAACUUGUACGUAUAUACAGAAAUAUUCCAAAGCCUGUCUGCCUGUCUGCUGUUGCUAGAGUCAUCCACAGGUGCCUCGCUCCGUGUGUGUGUGUGUGUGUGCGCAUCCGUGUGCGUACUUGUCAUUCCUGUCUCUGGUAGGAAUCCAUUCAACUUGUUGUACCUCUUCCAAUAACCCUGCAGUCAAGAACUGCUAGACAGUCUAAUGUGGGGCUGUAUUGAUGAACAUGCUACUUCGACCCUCUAGGCUCCAGUAGACUCCUUACUGUAUUUGCAGGCGACUAACUGAUGCAGUGAAGCAUGGGAAUAGGAGUUGAAAUGGAAAUGUCUGGCUUAUCAAAUACUGUAAUACGUCAUGUUAUGCCUAUUUUUCAUUGUACUGAUCAUGCAACUGAAGCUGGAAGCAUUUCUGUUUAGAUCGACCAUGAAAGAGCAGCAACAUGUCGAGGACAAUUCUACCUGAUACAGUAUCCAAGUUAGGCGUCUUGUUUCAUGUCUACGUACACAAAGUCAGGCGUGUGUGUUGUAGUGUGUGUGUGUGCGUGUUUGUGUGUGCGUGUGCAUGAAGGUGGGCGGGUGGGUCAGUGGGUGUGAGGGACACCAGUACUGUUUCUACCAAAGAGUCAGACACGCAAACUGAAGAAGUAUUUAAAGCCACCCGCAGUUAUAUCAGGCUGUAAAUAGGCACAUGUGUGAAAUGUGGGAGGAGAGGAGGAAGUGGAGAAAGAGAUAAAGAGAGAUUAGAGUGGAAAGGGAUAGAAUGUGAAUGCUUUUGUGUGUACGGGUGUUGGGUUGUGUGUGUGUCACUGCGUAAGAGAGUGAUUUGUCUUUGCCAACUUCAAGUUUCGACUGGGGAUUAAAAAAAGGCUGUUUGAAAUGCCUUUGUGGUUCUGAAGAGAAUGUUUAUCUUUUGUAAGAUAACAUGACCUGUCUCCAUCAACUACUUCGUAUGUGUCUCAUUAAAUUACAUCAUCACUUUCAGCCCUACAACAGUGGCAUAAGCAAUAACGUCCAUAUUCUACACCCUUUUACCUGUCCCUGGGAGUAGAUAACCAACUGGUCCAGGGUCAGAUAUUCCAACAGCCACAUACUCAUUUAAAUUACAACAUUUAAUUUUGAUUUCCUUACCCUGUAAGCAGUCUAUGGUCAAGGUAUGACAAUAAUCCGUGCUUUGGUUUUGUUUACCUGGCAUUGCACUAUUUUUUCCAAAUGCUGACGUUGUAGCAUUUGUGGCACAAAUCCAAUGCAAGUCAGUGGUACUUAUAUUAGCAAAUCCAAAUCAACCUGAAGUAUCUCAUAUUGAUUGUGUAGCUCAACUAAAGCCCUAUUUAUAUAUGGUGCUAACAUGCCCCCUUUGUCCUGAUCCUGCCCAUAUUCUGAUUGUGCCCACAUUUUUUGCCAGGUGUAGAUGAUUAAAAGACACAUUGUGAUCUGAUUGUGAUCAGAUUUUCCUGAACACCUCCGGAGGUAGUCAGGCAGACGUGUCUGGAUAUCUAUCAAGAGUAAACAGACCCAGAAUGUCAAAUAAUUUAAAUCAUAAUUUGACCAGCCUCUAAAGUCCUUGACAGGUUGCACCAUUGACUUGCGACAUCAUUAUAUGUCUUAAAAUAAACAAAAUCAUAAUAUUUUGAAAGAAUAUCUGUCAAAUAAUUUGCAUAGAGGGAGGCAGCAGCUAAUAUAGUCACAAUGCAGACACAUUGGACGGAUAAGAGACAUAUUUUAAAACAAUGUGUAGAUGUGACAAACCUUGGUCAGAUAGUGAUUGGAUAAUAUAGAUCAAAUCAUAAAACUCACAUGUUAGCGCAAGGUGUAAACAAUGCUUAAGUCACUUAUAGAUGAUUUGGACAUGAAUUGCAAAAAUUCUAAUAGAGGUGCCAUUGCCUUGCAUUGGGUUUGUGCCACAAAUGCUAAAAUGCUAGAAUUUGAAAACAGUUCCAGGGAAACAAAGACAAAUCAUGGAUUGCUGCCACAACUUGUCCAUAGACUGCUUACAGGGUAAGAAAACUCAUGUAAUUUUGUAAUUUGGGUAAACUAUCCCUGGGCCAACUUCUACCUGGAGUGUAUUAUUAAUCGGUUAACACCUGUAAUAACCUGCACCUUCUUCCAACUACAAUAUUUGUAACUUCUGAUUACUGUACAUCUACAUUUAAUCCACUUGAAUAUGUUUUCACAAUCUCUUUUUUGGGGGGGAGGGGGGGGAUCUGGCUCUGAUUGUCUGCUUGCAGGUGCCGUAGGUGAUUUCAUGCACUGAGCACCAUUGAAACCCAUCUAUACUCCAUGUACUGUGUCAUAGAACAAUGAUAUCUACUAACCCGUUGUUACUGACUGUGUGUAGUUAGUUAGCUAGCCUCAACUGGUUGCAUUGCAUAUGUAAGAUGUGUAUAUUUUGUACAGAGACAAUACAAAUCACAUUGCUAUGCA